AUGUCAGGAGCUACUGCUUAUAAAACAAUAAUCGCUAAAAAUGGUGGUGUUGAUGCUCCUCGUAAUGCAACACAGUGCAAUUAUAGACGUCAAAAAUUUUUGAACAAUCAAAAAGUUAGCCACGAUGAACUUUCAAAUAUACUGGCAUUUCGAAACGUAAUCUUCUCCGAACGACCAACACAUCCAUUAGCCAUAGUCAUGCAUGAUAGGAAGCUUCAAACGUGUCAUGAACGUUUUGUACAAGUUAUUUUCAAUGAACUGCCAAAUCUUCACAAAAAAUGUGUUCUUAUAACUGAUGCUGAAGAUGCACUAAAGAAUGCUUUUCGAAAACAUUUUCCAACAAUGUGUCAAUUACGUUGUUGGAAUCAUUGUAUGUCUGAUAUUGGUGCAGCUGCUAAAAAAUAUUUUUUUGUUGGAGAACAAACAAAUGUUGCUGCUCAUGGUGAUAAUCAAAUGUGUAAAAGAGAAAUUAUUGAUCAUGUUAUCGAUACAAUUAAAAAUCUUUUACGUGCACAAUCUUAUGAUGAAUUUUAUGAAAAGUAUAGAAGUGUUUGUUUUCAAUGGCCAAAACAAUUUCUUGAUUACUUCGAAACAAACAUUUUACCUGUUGUUAAUGAAUUAGGUGGAUGGUCAAGUCGAAAAUGGAAUUUAUUUAAUGAAGAAUCUGGAAUAACAAACAAUCCCAUUGAAAGUAUGAAUGCUGUGUAUAAACGUUGGCUUGGUUGGAAACAAUUAUCAUUAGAUGCAUUGGUGCAAAUGUUUUACUUAGUGUUGGGAUAUUACGUGAAUGAAAGUCGUCGUGGUCUUUGCUCUUAUGGUGGUUAUCAUUUAGAAUCCGAAUACAAUGAUGCCAAAACUGAUGUUUCACAAUUAACUCUUAUUUCUGGUUAUUCACCUGAUGAGAUUUUGGAAAAAAUUAAAUCUACUAUGGGUAUACGAACAACACCUAAUGCAUACGUUUGUCAAACAGCCGAUGAUGCGUCAUAUGAAACUUGUGUUACUAACCUGGAUAAUAUUAAUAUUGAUGAUAACCAUAAGAAUGAAAAUUCCACAGAGAAAUCCAAUGAUAAAUCAGAUAUUAAUAAUACAUUAUCUAUUGAUAAAACCUUGAUUAAUGAUGUUCAACAAGCAACAUUGACAAAUACUAGUCGAGCUAGUCUUCUUCUGGAACAAAAUUUGGUAAAAUAUCAUUCUGAUACAAAAGCAUUUACUGUUCGAUCUCUUGAUCGUUCCUCAGUUCAUGCCGUUCAUAUGAAUGAUCCAAAGCGUCUGUUUAGAUGCUCAUGUCCCAAUACUUUGCUUAAUUGUUCGCAUGUACUUGCUGUGAAACAAUUUCUAGGUAUGCCAUUAGAGAAACGUGAUAAUCAAGUUAAUCUUGGCCAUGCAAGAAAACAAAAGCGAAUCGAAGACAAAAUCCCCAAAGCUGGUGGUAAACGUCCUCGUCGAUGCGAUAAACAAUCAAAUACACAAUAUACAUCUCCAUAUUUUUCUGGAACACACAGCCGUACUACAAGUCAUAGUGAAACACAUCAACAUAAUUAUCUUCCGGUUCAAUUAAAUUCAUCAAAUAAUACUCCAGUGGCACGUAUACUGACAGAUAUAUCAAAUUUAUCAUCACCAACAACAUUUAAUAUGAAUACUACUCCUAAAAUUAUAAAAGCUAUUCGUUUUUUAACACCAGUCAGUCUUGAUGAUCUUUAUUCUGUACUGAAACAAGUGUAUAUCGAUGGAAAAAAUCCGGUACCUUAUCCAGCAGCAAAUAAACAAUUACAACAACGACUUGUUCAAUUCGUAUCAAAAGGUCUUGCUGAAGGGCAAUCUAGCAUAUUAUUUGAUAAGGUUAAUUCUAAUCGUACUUAUGCUUUGGAAAGACAUAAUGAUCUGAUUCGAUUGACGAUGAUUGUUAAAGAAGAUAAUGAAACAAAGAAACUUAUUGUACUAUCUGUCGAUGAAGAAAUUCAAGUUAUUGCCUCAUCAUUUAUUCGUACACUUGAAGAAACUGGUUAUAUCGAAUCGGCUCCUAAAUGUUACCAACGACUGUACAAUACGUAUGCAAUUUCUAAUAAAAGAAUUCGAAUUGUACAACGUACAUUAGGAAAAUUUAUUACUUCAACUCGUAUUACUGAUGAAAAUGAAGACGAGGCACCUGCAGAUAAUAAAAUCGAAUGUAAUACAACAAAUGAUGAAACAAGUGAAGAUGAAAAAAACAAUAAUAAAGAAUUUAGGAAUAUAUUUAAAGCUAAUCAAAACGAGAAUGUUCAGAUUUCAUCAUCACCAACAUCUCAUACAUCAAUCACAACACGUUCUAAAGCAAAAUUAUGUACUAAUGAAAAUGGUCAAUCAUCUGAGCCGAACAUGAAAGCUGAACAACGAAGAAAAAAAAUGAAACGUUCACAACAUUGA